AUGGCUAAUGUGCUGGCGUGUUUCCUGGCUGCUUCUCUGCUCAGUGCGACAGGUUUGGAACUGUCGAACCUUGCACUGAAUAGACCUACCGAACAGAGCUCGGUAGAAAGUGAAUCGACAUCAGAUCUGGCUGUUGACGGCAACAAGAACACCGACCACAGCGCCGGAAGUUGUGCCCACACGGUGAAUGAGCCGGAGCCGUCGCUAGACUGGUGGCAGGUAGAUCUCCAGAAGAUCUUUACUGUCCUCACUGUCUCCGUCACCAACAGGGGGGACUGUUGCCACGAAAGAUUAACCAACUUCACUGUGGAGGUCCAUACUUCUGACCCGAUGACCAGCAGCAUCACCGGCCUACAAGUCUGCUAUUUGCAUGAAGGCACGGUGGGCAGCGGUCUGACGGUAGACUUGACCUGCGCCGUCAACACCAUUGGACGUUACGUCAGAAUUGUCAAGUACAACUCCGGUUAUAAGUCUUUAACCUUGUGUGAAGUGGUGGUGAAGGGAGCCCCAGUGCAUAACACAUGUGGAGUGUCGCCUGUCGUGUUCACUCAUCACAGUACGGGAGCCAGGGAGCCUGACUACAUCGUCGCCAGCCAUGAAAACAUCGGGAAGCUCGACUGUGCCAUCAUGUGUCUCAGAAAGGCUUUUUGCAACGCCUUCAACGCCAUGUCUCCGUUUCUGGGCGUGGUCAGCUGCGAGCUGCUGGCCGUGGCCCUUGACCCCGUUGUCAAUGCAUCAUGGGAUGUAUAUAAGAUCUUUGUUUGCGGACUUUCACUUUCGACCACGAAGAAGCCACAUACAUUCACGCCCUUCAACAUCAUCAACAUCUUGAAACCAGAGAAAUACUCGCAGGAUGAGAGCGUCGGAUCAGACGACAGUGACGCUCUCCGCAUCGACCUGAAUCAUACAGCUGAAAACGAGAACACGAGACAACAAACAGAUCACAACAUAAAGUCACCAGAUGACGACAUCUCAAGGUCACCAGCUAAGUAUAAUUCAGGGUCAGCAGACAUCUCAAGGUCAUCAGUGCCAUCUCCUCAAGUAACAACAGCUGACACUAGGUUGGGGUACUAUCUCAACCAAGAUCCACAUCACGGGCCUACAGUUCCAGAAAAUGCUACGUCACAGGGUAUACCACAGUCAUCAUCGUCUUCAGCUAAGAGUGUGUACCCCAUGUAUCCCUAUCCUAUGUUCAAGCCUGCAAUGGUCCCGUCUGUCUACCCUACAGUUUCCCCGUACCUUCCUCCAGCCAGACCUCAGCCACUCGGGGGACAUCCAAAUAGUUCCCAGGAUGUCGCCACUCACGCUAGUCCAAACUGCUCUGGCAGAGUCAGUCCGGCAGGCUCCUCCAGUGAUGAAUCCAGGAACCUAAUUCCGGCCACCUCUCCUCUGCCACCCUCAAACCCUGCAACAACGAAGAGGCCCAGGCCCGAUGGUGGCCGAACCUGCUACACACGGAAACAGGUGCGCGCCAUGGAACAGAUUUUCUCGGAGAACAAGUAUCCGGAUUAUGACGUCAUUGAGAACAUGUCCGCCGAGAUUGGUAUCUCCCACAAGAGAAUCAAGAACGCUUCCUUCGGAACUGCACUGUCAUGUUUCUUCCCCGAAGGCGCAUCACCACUCUCCAUGAAGUUGCGGACUUCUACACCUUCGACCACAAAGAAACCGCGGACAUUCACGCCCUUCAACAUCAUCGACAUCUUGAAACCAGUGAAAUACUCGCAGGACGAGAGCGUCGGAUCAGACGACAGUGACAGUGAUGCUCUCCACAUCGACCUGGAUCAUACAAAUGAUGAAGAACAGAACCUUGUACACAACGACAAAUUGAAAUCACCAGCAGACGACACAAUGUCACCAGCAGACGACGCCACAAGGUCACCAGCAGACGACGCCACAAGGUCACCAGCAGACGACGCCACAAGGUCACCAGCAGACGACGCCACAAGGUCACCAGCAGACGACGCCACAAGGUCACCAGCAGACGACGCCACAAGGUCACCAUAUGACACAAGGUCGACAGGUGACCACAGAGACACUAUGCCCGAUGAAACUCCAGUACAAGGCUUGUCACCUGCUGAUAUUGGAAAUGGACCUUGCCCCAACCUGACUCCUUACCGGGAGCCCCCGAACCCAGGGAACACCGCACAUCAGGGACUCUCACUACCCCAGUCAGUAAACAACGUGUACCCUAUGUACCCUGUGUCCAUGUCCGGUGUGUUCCCGUCUGCUUAUCCCACAUACAUUCCUCCAGCCACACCACAGCCACAAGAGGCACAUCUCAAUAGUUUCCAGGACCCUGAGAUUGUCGUCCCCCGAGCCAGUCCAAAAGGCACCGGUAAGGUCAGUCCGGCACACAGAAACUCCUCCGGUGGUGAAUCCAUCAACGCAAGUCCACCCACCUCCCCUCUGCCAUCCUCAAGUCCCGCAACAACGAAGAGGGUCAGGCCCUCUGGUGGUCGAACAUGCUACACACAGAAACAGGUGCGCGCCAUGGAACAGGUUUUCUCGGAGAACAAGUAUCCGGAUUAUGACGUCAUUGAGCACAUGUCUGCUGAGAUUGGAAUUUCCCACAAGAGAAUCAAGGUUUGGUUCCAGAAUAAGCGGGCUCGCAGAAAAAGUAGAGCUCCUGAGACGCAUUCCCCUCACUCUCCACACGUGGCCGCCAUGAUGACGUCUUCUCUCGGAAUCAACUACAUGUCACCCAUGAUGCUCCAGUUUCCGGUCCCCGCCAUGAUGUCUCCGUUCCCAGGGUUUCCCUUCCCACCAAUGUUCCCACCUACCGCUUCCUUCGGAACUGCACUGUCCUCUUUCUUCCUCGAAGACGCAUCACCAGUCUCCAUGAACCUACGGACUUCUACAUCUUCGACCUCGACGAAGCCGCGGACACUCACGCCCUUCAGCAUCAUCGACAUCUUGAAACCAGAGAAAUCCUCGCCGGAUGAGAGCAUCGGUUCAGACGAAAGUGACAGUGAUGCUCUCCACAUCGACCUAGACCAUACAGCCGAUGAAGAACAGUGCCUUGUACAAAACUACAACAUAAAAUCACCAGCAGACGACGCUACAAGGUCACUAGCAGACAACACCACAAGGUCACCAGCAGACGACGCCACAAGGUCACCAGCAGACGACGCCACAAGGUCACCAGCAGACGACACCACAAGGUCACCAGCAGACGACACCACAAGGUCACCAGCAGACGACACCACAAGGUCACCAGCAGACGACGCCACAAGGUCACCAGCAGAAGACUACACUAGGUCACCAUCAGACAACGACACUAGGUCAAAGGGUGACCACAGAGACACUAUUCUCGAUGAAACUCCACUACAAGGCUUGUCACCUGCUGAUGUUGAAAAUGGACCUUGUCCCAACCUGACACCAUACGCGGAGCCCCCGAACCCAGGGAACAUCGCACAUCAGGGACUCUCACUACCCCAGUCAGUAAACAACGUGCACCCGAUCUACCCAGUGUCAAUGUCCGGUGUGUUCCCGUCUUGUUAUCCCACAUACAUUCCUCCAGCCACACCACAGCCACAAGAGACACAUCUCAAUAGUUUCCAGGACCCCGAGAUUGUCGUCCCUCGUGCCAGUCCAAGAGGCACCGGGAGGGUCAGUCCGGCACAAAGCCACUCCUCCGGUAGUGAAUCCAUCAACGCAAGUCCAGCCUCUUCCCCCCUUCCAUCCUCAAGCCCCGCAACAACGAAGAGGCCCAGACCCACGAGUGGCCGAACCUGCUUCACACAGAAACAGGUGCGCGCCAUGGAACUGGUUUUCUCGGAGAACAAGUAUCCGGAUUAUGACGUCAUUGAGCACAUGUCUGCUGAGAUUGGAAUUCCCCACAAGAGAAUCAAGGUUUGGUUCCAGAAUAAGCGAUCUCGCAGAAAAAGUAGAGCUCCUGAGACGCAUUCCCCUAACUCUCCACACGUGGCCGCCAUGAUGACGUCUUCUCCCGGAAUCAACUACAUGUCUCCCAUGAUGCCCCAGUUCCAGUUUCCGGUCCCCGCCAUGAUGUCUCCGUUCCCAGGGUUUCCCUACCCACCAAUGUUCCCACCUACCGUGUGUUGA